AUGUUUUCUAGGCACACGUUUACAAAAUCUGGCUAUAAGAUGUUUCAAGUAAUGAGGUUUGCUGUUGAAGAGAUCAAUAACUCCACCACCCUGCUGCCCAAUGUUUCUCUGGGUUAUGACAUUUUUGAUCAUUGUUCUGACACUGAGAAUUUCCCUUCAGUCUUCAGUUUUAUCUCACAGAAUGGAUCAAUAAAACCUCAAGAAAAACUCAACAGCCAUCAACCUAAAGUCAUUGCUUUAAUAGGACCAUAUGGAAGCACAAGGGCCAUUUCGGUUGCGCCACUGGUCACAAUGGACCUUAUACCACUGGUUAAUUAUGGAGCUACUAGCUAUACAUUAAGUGAUCAACUUCAGUAUCCCUCUUUUAUCAGAACAAUCCCUAGCAACAAAGACUUGAUACAGAUGAUUAUUCACACCAUACAAUGGUUCGGAUGGAACUGGGUUGCUUUUCUUGGAGACCCAGACAGCGAAGAAGGCCUACAACUGUUUAGCAGUUAUAUCAGAAAUGCUGACAUUUGUUUGGCUUAUCAAGAGACUCUCAGACAAAAUUCAAACUACAGUCUAACACUUAAAAAUAUUCAUAAGCUCAACAUCAACGUAAUUGUGGUUUUCACUCUGUCACGAUAUGCCAAAAAUAUAAUCAAAGCGGCCAUAGACAACAACAUCCGAGACAAAGUUUGGAUAACAAGUGAAGCGUGGUCCAUGAAUGAGCAGCUUCUAAAAGAGCCAGGAAUCAAGAAUAUUGGUACAGUAAUUGGCAUGACGGAGAGAUUAUUAUCAUUGCCUGGAUUUAAUGAAUUCAUCUACGAAUUUAAAGCAACACCUAAGAUUAAUACUACUAAUAAUAAUGUUCAGAGUAAAAUCCAGACUAAGACAUGUAAUCAAGAUUGUGACAACUGCACAUCAUUGACUGCAGAAGACAUUAUCAAUGAAGAAUCCACAUUAUCCUUUCCCAUCUACGCUGCCAUAUAUACCACAGCUCAUGCAUUACAUAAAGUUCUGAAGUGCAACAUGAAUGAAUGCAGCAAAAAUACAACAGUUAAACCAUACAUGCUACUGGGAGAAAUGAAGAAGCUGGAUUUUCCACUCAUUGGACGUCAGGUGAAAUAUGAUGCUAAUGGUGAUUCGGCCAUCAGUUAUGCAGUUGUGCUUUGGCACACUGAAACAAAUCCUCCAUGGAUUGAGAUGGUGGGCACUUAUGACACAUAUCCACAAAAUAUUUUUACCAUCAACACCUCUCUCUUUCCCUGGCAUAGCAAUGUUUCUGUUCCUCUCUCAAGCUGCUCUGUUGAGUGUAAGAAGGGAUUUUCAAGGGAACGUGUGGGAUAUUACGAUUGCUGCUUUUUGUGUAAAAAAUGCCCACAAAACAGCUAUGUGAAUUAUUCUCCCCUGCCGAGGGAGGUUUUAACAAAAUUAGAGAUGGUGCUGGACCAGCAAUCCACCAUCCUCAGAUUCCUGCAGCUGCAGGAGGACAGGGGGCAUCUUUUGGAUAUUGAGGGAGGUUUGCUGCUCUUGUAA